AUGGCGCCGCCACAGGAACGGGACUACAUCGGAUUGUCUCCAGCGGCGGCGGCCACGGAGCUGCGCUUGGGGCUUCCGGGCACGGAGGAAGCGGACGGCGGUGAGGCUGCGGCGGGGACGCCGCUCACGCUGGAGCUACUGCCCAAGGGUGGGGCCAAGCGCGGGUUCACGGACGCCAUCGUGCGGCGGGAGGUGGCGGCAAGGGGCAAGGCGCCGGCAGAGGACGAAGAGGAGGACAAGAAGAAGGCGCAGGCGCCGGCGGCUAAAUAG